AUGUGCAUUGUGUCCGAGGACCGCGCGCAGUCAGCACUGCGGGCGGUCGCUCAAUUUGCCAAUGUUGCGGGGCAGGUACAGCACGAGGAGCUGCGAACUGCCUCGUUGCAGGUCGCUCACGAGGCCCUGGCACAGUGCGAGGCGCAUGGCCAGCGCUGUGUCCAGUUCCUCUUGGAGGCUUUGCAGAAGAGCACCAAGGCCAGUGCCAGUGCUGCCGAGGAUGUAAUCUGGAUGGUCUACAAGGUUGCUCGCAGAAGCGACACAGCCAAGGCCCACUCUGCACGAGCCCGGUUGUGUGCAUUGUAA